UUUAACCUUAAAGUUAUUGACGUUUAUUGUUAUGGCUGUGGUUUGGUAAUUGGGAUUGCUAUCCUUUUGGGACAUUAGAUCAAAGAUUAAAAACCAUUUUCUUUUAUAAUUAGUGUGUGAUUCAAUGAAGGAAGCUUCUCCUCCUGUAUCAGCGAUGGCCACACCGACCAAUGGUAGUGGCAACUUAGUAGAUGAAUUUGAAGAGGCUUUCCAGCACUGUCUUAACGUCUUAACAAAAGAAGAAGCAGUUCCCAAUUCCGACAAAGACGAAAUGAAAGUGGAAGUGGAACAAACCACCCUGCGAUUCAUAGAUCUUGCCCGGCAAAUGGAGGCAUUUUUCCUCCAAAAACGUUUCCUUUUGUCGGCUUUGAAGCCGGAAAUGAUCGUAAAAGAAGACAUAAACGAGUAUCGUCUUGAACUGGCGCGGAAAGAUGAAUUGUUGAAACGCCAUUAUGAAAAAAUCGCAGUUUGGCAAAACCUCUUGGCUGACUUGCAAGGUUAUGCCAAAAGUCCGGCUCAAGGUAGUGCCACGCCCACAUUGAAUAAUGGAGGUUCGGUUCAGAGUCCCAUGGGUGGCCUUCCCGGUAAUCAAACGCCGAAUCCUAUGAUGGUUUCCGGGAUGUCAACAACGAUGCAACAGCAGUUACAGCAGCAGCAGUUGCAACAGAUGCAACAGCAACAACAGAUGCAACAAAUGCAACAACAACAAAUCCAACAGCUUCAGCAACAGAUGCAGGUACCCCCGGGGAUGGCGAGCAGCGUGGGCCCCGGCAUGGUAUCCCCCCAGCAGGCCAUGUUCAUGCAGCAACAAGCCAUGGGCGGCCCUCGAGGCCCUUUUUCUCAACAAGGCCCCGGUGGAGUUCUCCAGGGCCCUCUGGCGUACCUUGAGAAAACUACGAGUAAUAUAGGCAUGACGGAUGGGCGAAGGUGACGCGGGCGCGGGAGGGGGCGAGGUAGAGGCAGGGGUAGAGGUAGAGGUCGUGGCCGUGGGUCUUUGCCGGAUUAUGUAUCCCCGUAAUGUUCCCCCUCCCGAAGUUGGGAUAUGCACCCAUAUCUCGACACGCGGCAAGGCAUUCCAAGGGGACUCCUAAUGGAUUUCAUGUGUAGGUAGUUAGUGGUACACCCUUAGAUUAGAUGUUGAGCAAAUUUUACAAAUAAGCAAUGAUUAAGAAGUAUUGGCGUUUUAACUGAGUCACCGAAAACAGCCGGUGAUAAAAAAAUUCUUGAGUUGGCUAUAGUCAUCUGUCAAACAUUUUCCUGAGCCAACUGAGGAAACAAAAAUUUUCUUGACGUGGACCCCAUUUUAUUAACUAAUUAAACAUAUUGAUUAUAUAAAAACCUCUCACAUAAAUGAUUUAUUUAAGUAUUAUGAUGCCAAGCGAAAAACAUCGUAGGAGUUGUAUAAAAGGAGCACUGCAAUAUUACUUUUAUUUCAGUUUUAACACUAUAAAGAGUGCUUUUGCACGUUUUCAAUAAUUAAACGUACUCAAAUAAAAUCGUAAUUUGUAAAUUUAUAAAUUUAAAGUAAAUUACCAGCUAAUAGUCUGCCAUGAAGACCAAAGAUAACACUACAUAUAACUUAAUUGUUAUCAACUAAAUUAGUUUUUUUAUAAGGACUCGUUUUUGUGUUUUAAGGCACUUUAUAAAUUACCUUUGUUAUAAAGAAAAUCACUUUGGUCUACAUGGAAAACCCAAAAUGCUAAAUUUAUAACCUAAGCGCAACCAACCACACUUAAACUUUUGCAGCACCUUAAAUUAAGAAAUUUAAAGGACAAUUGUGUAUUAUUUGAAUAAAAAAAUUGUAUCGUGCUGAUCAGUUUGCAUAUGUAACGUUACCGAAUUUCAAAAUUGUGAUAUAAAUUAUUAAUAAAACAAAUUAUACUCAAACAAUUUUAUUUC